AUGCUUCAGUCAUCACCCUCCUUCCUGCGGCCGGCCCGCAAAGCGCCUCGGUACUCUGUUCGGCCGUUUUACACUUCGCUAGCCGUUUUUACAACACUUGCAAUAUUGACCUUGCUUAUCGCAUGGGUUGGAAAGGGUCAAGCGCAUCGUACCACAGCGGGCACACUUCUUGUCAAGCGUGAUAACGAGCCAGAGUGUCGUCUCGUACGUGAAGUCAAAGAUCAAUGUGCAUAUGUCCGUGAAAAUUGCCCCGAUCACCAAGAUGGCCUAUUCUCUUAUUUACAGCUAUACUACUGCGCCCUCCCGAAUGCGAAGCCGCUUGCGUUCCUCAUCUUGAUUCUCUGGUUAUCGCUCCUAUUCAGUACCAUCGGAAUCGCUGCUAGUGAUUUCUUAUGUAUCGACCUGAGUACAUUAGCGAGCAUUUUGGGCUUGAGCGAGAGUCUCACGGGCGUUACUUUCCUCGCAUUCGGCAAUGGAAGUCCCGAUGUUUUCUCAACCUUCGCCGCCAUGCGCUCGAAUAGUGGCAGCCUAGCCAUUGGUGAAUUGAUUGGAGCUGCAAGUUUCAUCACGUCUGUCGUGGCCGGCUCCAUGGCUCUAGUUCGGCCGUUCAAGGUCGCGCGAAGAAGCUUUGUCAGGGAUGUUGGUUAUUUCGUGAUCGCCGUCGCCUUCAGCAUGUUUUUGCUAGCCGAUGGACGACUUCAUGUCUGGGAAUCGGCUGCAAUGGUUGCUCUAUAUGUCUUCUACGUUUUUAUGGUUGUGACAUGGCACUGGUAUCUGGUUCGGCGUCGGAAGCGUCACGAAAGGGACAUGGCAGCACGAACACAUUUUCAUAUCCCUGACAACCAAGAGCUGGAGUAUGAGCAACCUUUGGAUGACGAUGACCCGGGUGUUGCAUCAGAGUCACGCGAGUCUCGGGCCCUUCUCCUCGGUGCAUCCACUGAUGACUUUGAUCUACUGGAACGCGCCGAGAGACCCCCCAGUUGGAAGGAGGAAGAGGACGACGAGGACGACGAAACCCGCAACCGGUAUUUAGCCGAGAUUCGAGACAAUAUGCAUGUUUAUCGACCUCCGAAUCGAUCAAGACGAAACACUUUGAAUCCGAUCCGAGCAAGUCUUGUGGGUGCGCUGGAAUUUCAGUCCGUGCUGCACUCGCUUGAGAAAUCGAGGAAUAUCAGACACAGGCCGACAAGCAGCCUGGGCAGCUAUUCGGACGAAGGCAAUGUGUCUUCUCAGUCUUGGGACACCAGAUCUGUAGCAUCCCAUCCUCGUGCUACCCGGCCGCCCGGGCCUAACGAUCGCCUGUCGCCGCGUAGCGCGGAAGGCUCUAGGGCUCGAGCAGUGUCAGCCAAUGAUGCUGAUAGACUGGAACUGGACCCCAGUGUGCUAGGUCGUGGUCAAGAGGAGGUACCACAGCUUACUGUUAGACGACCUUCUGAGGAGGUGCCCGCUCGAGAAUCUGUGCAGCCACCUCGAAUCGAUACCAACGUGGCAAUAACGCUCUCUCCCUCGGCAUCUUCACAGCCAUCGCCAAGCGGAAGCCCCGUUGCCGCGAAUGCUCCCCAAACACCCGAUCUACUAGCUCCACCUGGUGCUUUCAGCUCUCCCAACUAUCAAUCAAGCACGACUCAUGACCGAUCGCCACAAGCAGUCUCGCCACGAGGCACUAGUGGCAGCUAUCAAUCCAUGGCCGGUUUAGAAGGCUCUUCGGCGCCGUUCCCGAUAUAUUUCGACGAUACUUCCGCUCCAUCAUCGUGCGCACCCAGUAUUCGUCUACCCAAUCCAGUGGCUAGUCCAGCAGAACAGCUCCUUGUCCAUGAUCCCUUUGGUGAUAGGCUCACGGAUAGCUCUUCAUGUCGGUUGAGAAAAUGGUGGCCUGAUUCUGUCUUACCUCCCCCUCAGCAACUUGCAUGCACACUUUUCCCGACACUGGCUGGCUGGAAAGGCAGAAGCAUCAUGGGACGUUUUCUAGGCAUAGUUGCCGCACCAAGUGUGUUUCUCUUAACAAUCACUGUACCAGUCAUCGAGCCCCAGGCUGCAGAAUAUGACGAACCAGACCCAAUACCGGCGGUAGUCAUCGAACAAGUCGAUGCUGAUAGACCUGCUCCAAGGAUAAGACUACCAGCCGACAGCCCUACUCUUCAUCCCAUGGGACAUGGUCGUCAUGAUUCCAUUCCUGAGAUAUCAACGACACAUCCUCAUAACCACAAACAUUCGCAUGACGACUCUUACAGGCGAACCCGUUGGGACUCAGAGCUACCAGCAGCACCCCCUCCAGCAAUUGACCCAGAAGCGUCCGCCAAGGACUGGAACCGCUGGCUGGUCUCAAUUCAACUGUUCACGGGCCCAUUCUUCUUCACCCUGAUUGCGUGGACUACCGCAGACACAUCCCUCAAUCCACGCAACUUGAUCCUCCCAGGCCUGAUAUCUCUGCUCUUCUCUUUCAUCUGCCUCACACUCCUAAUCAUCACGACACGCAGUCGUCCAUAUAACCGACUCUCCCCAACAAACCACUCAGAGCAGCAGCACAAUGCUACCGCUUCAGAUCUAGAACCACAACCACAACCUCUCCCAUACUCAUGGAAACCCGUCCUCUCCAUGCUCGGCUUCCUAGUCGCAAUAUCCUGGAUCGCAACAAUAGCCACCGAGGUUGUCUCCCUCCUCAAAACCAUCGGCGUAAUCCUCGACAUCUCAGACUCCCUCCUCGGCCUAACCGUUUUCGCCGUCGGUAAUUCCCUCGGCGACCUCGUCGCCGACAUCACAGUCGCAAGACUCGGAUACCCAGUCAUGGCGUUGAGCGCCUGCUUCGGCGGACCCAUGCUAAACAUCUUACUCGGUAUCGGUCUAGGCGGGUUAUAUAUGACUCUCAAUCGAUCGGAUACUCCGUCUCGCCGUGAUGAGAUCUUUGCUGGCGGGAGUGGAGGCGGCCUUACUGCUGCGGCAACCUAUCAUAUUGAAAUCUCCAAGGUCUUGGUCAUCAGUGGGGCUACCUUGCUUGUUGUCCUGGUUGGUCUUUUGAUCGUCGUUCCGCUGAAUGGUUGGCGCAUGGAUAAGAGGAUUGGGUGGGGGCUUAUUGUUGUUUGGUGUAUUAGUACCAUUGGCAAUGUGAUUGCCGAGUUAAUAUAA